AUGCUUGCUGGGAUUCAUACCGCCCGGCCAAUUUUAAGGACAAAACCAGUUUCAGCAACAACCAGCGCCACUUCCGCGGAGAUCUUUGGAAGACACUAUGAAUGCAUUCUGUCAGAUGCAAACGACCACCAACGAGCAAACUACUCAAGCUUUGAACGAUAUAUGGACUUAAAUAGCUCUUCGGUGACUUUCCCUGAGCAAGCCAAGGCAAUUAUUUCUUUGAGAAGUGGGAAGACCGUGGACAAUGCUCAAGUGGAGCCACCCGUCGUGCCAAUUUUGCUACCUAUUUCGGCACCAUCAAAGCCAUCAUCACCAAAUGGGGAAUCUCCCAAGCCGACGCCGGCCAAGCCAAAUUUGAAUGCCGACAUUUACGAUGUGCUUAAGCAAGUAACCAUCAACCUUCUCCUGCUCAAUGCUAUCAAGCAAAUCCCGUCAUAUGCUAAAUUUUUGAAGGACUUAUGCACUCAUAAGCACAAGCUCCAAGUGCAAAAGAAGGUGUUUUUGACCGAGCAAGUUUUUGAGAAAGCUCUUCUUGAUUUGGGCGCAAUUGUGAAUCUCUUGUCAUUUUCAGUAUACGAACAGCUUGGUUUGGGGGAAAUGAAGCCGACACUCGUGACUUUACAAUUGGCAGAUCGCAGUAUUCGAGUUCCAAAGGGGAUGGUGGAAGAUGUGCUUGUUCAAGUUGACCAAUUUGUAUACCCGGUUGAUUUCGUGGUUUUAGACACGUGCUCAAUGCCAGCGGCUCAGGCGUCCAUUCCAAUUAUUCUCGGGCGCCUUUUCUUAGCAACAUCCAAUGCUGUGAUUCAUUGCCAAGAUGGCCACCUUAAUAUGAGUUUUGGUAACAUGAAGAUGCAAGUCAACAUGUUCCAUAUUGAAAGCCAAAAGGGGGAUGAUGAUGAUGUAUGCGGAGUUAGCAUGAUUGACUCACUUGUUCAAGACCAUGUUGAUGAGUUUAUUUGCAAAGAUGAGUUGGAGCUAGCACUUAUUACUUCCACCGAGGCCAAUUUUCUUGAUGCCCCCGAAGUGGCGUAUUUGUAUUCUUUGCUAGAUGAGGAAGAAGUGUGUGGUAUCAAUCCAUGGAUGCCAAAAUUUGAGGAGUUGCCCCCGAUUGAGAAGCGAGCUGUUCCGUCUUAUGUGGAACCCCCGAAGCUUGAGUUGAAGCCACUACCGGACUCCUUCAAGUAUGCUUAA